CAUCACUCCUUGUUGAGAUGUAUAUUCAUCAUCGUCACUCACCAACUCCUGUAUAUGUCAUACAUGACUCCGCCCGUAGAGAUCUGAUCUUUUCCCCAAUUCAAAAUCCAUCAAAAUGGAAGAAAUCGCCGAUCAAACACUCUUCCGGUACUGUCUCCUCACUCUAAUAUUAUCCGGUCCACCAACCGCCGUCGCUCUCAAAUUCCUCCAAGCUCCUUACGGCAAACACAACCGUACCGGAUGGGGUCCGUCUAUAUCUCCGCCGAUUGCUUGGUUCCUCAUGGAGAGUCCGACUCUAUGGCUCACUCUCCUUCUCUUCCCCUUUGGUCGUCACGCCCUCAAUCCUAAAUCACUCAUCCUCUUCUCUCCUUAUCUCAUCCAUUACUUCCACCGCACUAUUGUUUACCCUCUUCGUCUACUCCGCAGCUCCUCCUCUGGAAAAAGUAGUUUCCCGAUCAGUAUCGCCGCCAUGGCUUUCACCUUUAAUUUACUCAACGCUUAUAUUCAGGCGAGGUGGGUUUCUCACUACAAGAACGACUACGAAGAUGGACUGCGGUUCUGGUGGCGGUUUAUUAUCGGUCUGGUUGUUUUUGUAGCCGGUAUGUGGAUUAAUAUCACGUCGGACCGGACUUUGGUUAGAUUGAAGAAAGAGAACCGGGGAGGUUAUGUGAUACCGAGAGGAGGCUGGUUCGAACUUGUAAGCUGUCCGAAUUAUUUAGGAGAGGUGGUAGAGUGGUUGGGCUGGGCAGUUAUGACUUGGUCAUGGGCCGGGAUUGGUUUUUUUCUGUACACUUGUUGCAAUUUGAUCCCUCGCGCACGUGCGAGUCACAAGUGGUACAUUAACAAGUUCAAGGAUGAAUAUCCCAAGACCCGAAAAGCUGUUAUUCCUUUUGUGUUCUAGUCUCAACUUUUUUUUUCUUUAGUGAAUUUUGGUUCCAAACUUUUCAGUAAUUUGUUUUUUUUAUAGAUCUUAUGUUUGGUAUUAUUCAACACAACAGUUCAAAAAACUGUUUAUUAUUUAGACAAAUCUAUAAAUAUUAAAAGGUUUGAGCACAUGAGGAGGGAAAAGUGUUACGUAUGUCAAG